GUGCCGUCCCCGCGCCCCCUCCCCCGGCCACGCCGCCGCGCUCGCUCCCUCCCUUCCUGCGCGCGGGCCGGCGAGACCGCGGCGGGACAGCAGGCGGAGGCCCGGGCGGGCGGCCGGCCGCGGGCUCCCAGAAGAGGCACUGAGGCCCAGAGGGACCCGCACACAAGGGUUCGACACCGCGCCACCAACUGAAGCCCCCAAAAGGAGCCCGGUGAUGCUGCCCAGGCUGUGAACAGGGAAGGCAGCGCUGCGUGGGCUGCCAGCAGCCGGGGCUGGGGAGAGACAUGUGGACACGUGGCCUCUAUGGCUCCCGCCUGCCAGAUCCUCCACUGGGCCCUCGCCCUGGGGCUGGGCCUCGCAUUCGAGGUCACACACGCCUUCCGGUCUCAAGAUGAGUUCCUGUCCAGUCUAGACAGCUAUGAGAUCGCCUUCCCCACCCGAGUGGACCACAACGGGGCACUGCUGGCCUUCUCGCCCCCGGCUCCCCGGAGGCAGCGUCGGGGCACGGGACCUCAAGCAGAGGCCCGUCUCUUCUACAAGGUGGCCGCACCCAGCACCCACUUCCUGCUAAACCUGACCCACAGCCCUCGCCUCCUGGCGGGGCACGUGUCCGUGGAGUACUGGACUCGAGAAGGCCUGGCCUGGCAGAGGGCCGCCCGGCCCCACUGCCUCUACGCGGGCCACCUGCAGGGCCAGGCCAGCAGCUCCCACGUGGCCAUCAGCACCUGCGGGGGCCUGCACGGCCUGAUUGUGGCAGAUGAAGAAGAAUACUUAAUCGAGCCCCUGCAAGGGGGGCCCAAGGGGCACCGGGGACCGGAGGAGAGUGGCCCCCACGUGGUAUAUAAGCGUUCCUCUCUGCGUCACCCUCACCUGGACACAGCCUGUGGAGUGAGAGAUGAGAAACCGUGGAAGGGGCGGCCGUGGUGGCUGCGCACCCUGAAACCGCCACCUGCCCGGCCCCUCGGCAAUGAAACAGAGCGUGGCCAACCAGGCCUGAAGCGCUCUGUCAGCCGAGAGCGCUACGUGGAGACCCUGGUGGUGGCUGACAAGAUGAUGGUGGCCUACCACGGGCGCCGGGAUGUGGAGCAGUACGUGCUGGCCAUCAUGAACAUUGUUGCCAAACUUUUCCAGGACUCGAGUCUGGGAAACAUCGUUAAUAUCCUGGUAACACGCCUCAUCCUGCUCACGGAGGACCAGCCCACCCUGGAGAUUACCCACCACGCCGGCAAGUCCCUGGACAGCUUUUGUAAGUGGCAGAAGUCCAUCGUGAACCGCAGCGGCCAUGGCAAUGCCAUUCCGGAGAAUGGCGUGGCCAACCAUGACACGGCAGUGCUCAUCACACGCUAUGACAUCUGCAUCUACAAGAACAAACCCUGCGGCACACUAGGCCUGGCCCCUGUGGGCGGGAUGUGCGAGCGAGAGAGAAGCUGUAGCAUUAACGAAGAUAUCGGCCUGGCCACGGCGUUCACCAUCGCCCACGAGAUCGGACACACGUUUGGCAUGAACCACGACGGCGUGGGCAACAGCUGCGGGGCCCGUGGCCAGGACCCAGCGAAGCUCAUGGCGGCUCACAUCACCAUGAAGACCAACCCGUUUGUGUGGUCCUCCUGUAGCCGCGACUACAUCACCAGCUUUCUGGACUCGGGCCUGGGGCUCUGCCUGAACAACCGGCCCCCCAGACAGGACUUCGUGUACCCAACCGUGGCCCCUGGCCAGGCCUAUGACGCGGAUGAGCAGUGCCGCUUCCAGCAUGGAGUCAAAUCGCGUCAGUGUAAAUACGGGGAGGUCUGCAGCGAGUUGUGGUGUCUGAGCAAGAGCAACCGGUGCAUCACCAACAGCAUCCCGGCCGCCGAGGGCACGUUAUGCCAAACACACACCAUCGACAAGGGGGUGAGCCUCGACCGGCCUGGGCCACCGUCGGGGCCCUCCUUCGGCUUUGGCCACGCCCACUGCCUGCAGUGGUGCUACAAGCGGGUCUGCGUCCCCUUCGGGUCGCGGCCGGAGGGCGUGGACGGCGCCUGGGGCCCGUGGACCCCAUGGGGCGACUGCAGCCGGACGUGCGGCGGCGGCGUGUCCUCCUCCAGCCGACACUGCGACAGCCCCAGGCCGACCAUCGGGGGCAAGUACUGCCUGGGCGAGAGACGGAGGCACCGCUCCUGCAACACCGAGGACUGUCCCCCAGGCUCCCAGGACUUCAGGGAAAUGCAGUGCUCUGAAUUUGACAGCGUCCCCUUUCGUGGAAAAUUCUACACAUGGAAGACGUACCGGGGAGGGGGCGUGAAGGCCUGCUCGCUCACCUGCCUAGCAGAGGGCUUCAACUUCUACACCGAGAGGGCUGCGGCCGUGGUGGAUGGGACGCCCUGCCGCCCGGACACAGUGGACAUCUGUGUCAGCGGCGAGUGCAAGCACGUGGGCUGCGACCGCGUCCUGGGCUCCGACCUGCGGGAAGACAAAUGCCGCGUGUGCGGAGGUGACGGGAGUGCCUGCGAGACCAUCGAGGGGGUCUUCAGCCCAGCCUUGCUUGGGACUGGGUAUGAGGAAGUCGUCUGGAUCCCCAAAGGCUCUGUCCACAUUUUCAUCCAGGACUUGAACCUCUCCCUCAGUCACCUGGCCCUGAAGGGAGACCAGGAGUCCCUGCUGCUGGAGGGGCUACCUGGGACCCCCCAGCCCCACCGCCUGCCCCUGGCUGGAACCACCUUUCAGCUCCGACAAGGGCCGGAUCAGACCCAGAGCCUAGAAGCCCUGGGACCCAUUAACGCAUCUCUCAUCGUCAUGGUACUGACCCGAACUGAACUGCCCGCCCUCCGCUACCGCUUCAAUGCACCCAUCGCCCGUGACACACUGCCUCCCUACUCCUGGCACUACGCGCCCUGGACCAAAUGCUCAGCCCAGUGUGCAGGCGGCAGCCAGGUGCAGGCCGUAGAGUGCCGAAAUCAGCUGGACAGCUCCGCCGUGGCCCCCCACCACUGCAGCGCCCACAGCAAGCUGCCCAAGAGGCAGCGUGCCUGCAACACGGAGCCCUGCCCACCUGACUGGGUGGUAGGGAACUGGUCUCGCUGCAGCCGCAGUUGUGAUGCAGGCGUGCGCAGCCGCUCUGUCGUGUGCCAGCGCCGCGUGUCGGCGGCCGAGGAGAAGGCGCUGGACGACAGCGCUUGCCCGCAGCCGCGCCCCCCAGUACUGGAAGCCUGCCACGGCCCCGCCUGCCCUCCGGAGUGGGCCGCCCUCGACUGGUCGGAGUGCACCCCCAGCUGCGGGCCGGGCCUCCGCCACCGCGUGGUCCUCUGUAAGAGCGCAGAUCACCGCGCCACGCUGCCCCCCGCGCAUUGCCAGCCCGCGGCCAAGCCACCAGCCACCAUGCGCUGCAACCUGCGCCGCUGCCCUCCGGCCCGCUGGGUGGCGGGGGAGUGGGGCGAGUGCUCCGCGCAGUGCGGCUUCGGGCAGCAGCAGCGCCCCGUGCGCUGUUCUAGCCACACCGGGCAGCCGUCGCGCGAGUGCGCCGAGGCCCUGCGGCCACCCGCCACACAGCAGUGCGAGGCCAAGUGUGACAGCACGCCCCCGGGGGACGGCUUGGAAGAGUGCAAGGAUGUGAACAAGGUCGCCUACUGCCCCCUGGUGCUGAAAUUUCAGUUCUGCAGCAGAGCCUACUUCCGCCAGAUGUGCUGCAAAACCUGCCAGGGUCGCUAGAGGGCGCUCGGCCUUCGGAGCGAGUCCUGGAUGUGCGCGGGCUGGGGGUGGGGGGAACCAGACCUGCAGCUGACCAGCCUGAAGGAGCCCGAGGGGGCAGGAACUGGGAGUGAAUGGUGAGAUGGAGCUGGAAGUUAUUUAUUGGGAACUCCUGCAGGGCUCCUGACUGGGGGCGGGGGGGGGGGGGGUGGUGAGGGAAUGGAGAGGGGCUGGCCACGCCCACGGCCCCUCCUCUGCUCACCUCUCAGUUCACAGAGAGACCCCCGCUCCUCCAGGGUGAGCUCGAGUUGGGAACAGUUGCUCUCCCUAGAACUCUUGCCACCCACCUUUAGGGAGCCCCCCUACGCAACACCCGCCUUUGAUCGGAAUAUGUACUGUGAAGAGUGGGGGUGGGGAGGGGGUCAGCCGGUGCCCUGCCCCCCCCAGCACUGCCCUGCCCCUCCACUCUGAGCUGGGGGGGAAAUCUAUGUCCGCUAUGGGGGAGGGGAUUAGCACCACCUCCCUGACACCCUGCCCCCGACCAGACCAGCUAGAGGGGGGAGGCAGAGCUGGGAAGACCCACCCCAUUCUCUGCCUUGCCUGCCCCAGGGGGACCCCGUCAUCCAGGCCACCCCCACGAUGGUGCUACAGGCCCUGCCCUGGGGCCCACACACCCCCUCACCAGGAAGCCCUACAUCAAUAAAGUUCUGUCUUGUGUA